UGAAGGUAAAAUCUCCAGUUGCCCCAUCUAUCAUCGGAGGGGGAGCUGAGGGGAGAUGGUUUCCACACCUUGCCUUGGAGUGUCUAUAAGGAAGGGAAUUGUUCUGUCCUUCCAGGGAUCAGUGAGCUUUGACAAGUGUCCUUGCAUUUCGCUGACGACAACUGGACCCUACUGAGAGCUCUGUACAAGGACGUCAUGGUGGAGGUUCAUGAGAUGGUGACCUCUCAGGGAGAUGUUUGGGGGGUCCUGGAUGAGGAGGAGCCAUCAGACGUCUGGCCAGAAAGAGCUGAGGAGCAAGAGAAGGAAAGGAAGUUGGGGGUUCAAGAUGGAGCCAACAAACAAGAGGGGAGAGAAACAGUGAAGCCAAGGGAUGAACACAGUGUUUCCCAAGAAGAUGAAAAUCAGAUUAACAGGGUGGAGAAAAAACAUGAAUGUACUGUGUGCGGAAAGAGAUUCUGUAGUCGCUCAGCCCUUGCUAGACAUCAAAGCGUACACUCAGGUGAAAAACCUUAUAAAUGCCUGGAGUGUGGAAAGAGAUUCAGAAACAGUGGCCACCUUAAUGUGCAUCAGAUAACUCAUACAGGGGAGAAGCCUUAUGAAUGCAUGGAGUGUGGAAAGAGCUUCAGAUCCAGUGGCUACCUUACUUUGCAUCAAAGAACUCAUACAGGGGAGAAACCUUAUAAAUGCUGGGAAUGUGGAAAGAGUUUCUUUGACAGUAGUACCCUUACUAAACAUCAAAGAACUCACACAGGGGAAAAACCAUAUACAUGCAUGGAGUGUGGAAAGAGCUUCAAUCAGAGUGCCUCCCUUAAUGUGCAUCGACGAAUUCAUACAGGUGAAAAACCUUAUAAAUGCAUGGAGUGUGGAAAGAGCUUCAGUGACUAUA